CCGGUCUCCCCCGGGCUUGAAAGGUAACUGGGAAGUAAACAGCAACCUAAACACUACUACAGUAUUGAAUUCCAACAACCCGUCACAAUCAUGGCUGACGCACAAUAUGAUAGUGCGCUGGACCUGCUCCGGCGCCUCAACCCCCGCGAUACCAAGCAGAACUUGCAAGCAAUCACCACCAUUGUCCCUGACCUGACCGAGGAUCUUUUAUCGUCCGUUGAUCAGCCCCUGGAGGUCCGCCGCUGCCCCAAGACCAACCGGGAUUACUUGCUCUGCGACUACAACCGGGAUGGCGACAGCUACCGGUCACCCUGGAGCAACGAAUUCGACCCCCCUCUCGAUGACGGAACGGUACCCAGUGAGCGGGUGAGAAAGCUCGAGGUUGCUGCUAACGAGGCCUUCGAUGUCUACCGGGAGCUAUACUACGAGGGCGGCGUGGGGAGCGUCUACUUCUGGGACUUGGAUGAUGGGUUUGCGGGUGUGAUUCUUCUCAAGAAAGGAGUCACCCCUGGUGCGAAGAGCUCGGGAGAGUGGGACAGCAUCCACGUCUUCGAGGCUACUGACAGAGCUCGCAUGUCCCACUACAAAUUGACCAGCACGGUCAUCCUCCACCUGGCGAACGAGUCCGAGGCUCUGGGUGAGAUGGACCUCAGCGGUAACAUGACCCGCCAGGUCGAGGUCGAUCUGCCCGUUGAGUCGGAUGCAAGCCACGUUGCAAACGUCGGCCGGCUUGUGGAGGAUAUGGAGUUGAAGAUGAGAAACCUGCUGCAGGAGGUAUACUUUGGCAAGGCCAAGGAUGUUGUCGGUGAACUGCGCAGUCUUUCGUCCUUGACAGAGGCGAACAAGGAGCGGGCUAAUCACGCCGAGAUGAUCAGAUCCAUGCAGCGGUAGCCACAUUCAUUGCUUGGAGUUGUAAAAGCAAGCGGAUGUUUAACCUGUCAACAUCACCUAGAC